UCAGUGUUGAUUGGGUAGUUGUCUGUGUAACACAUGAUUAUAAAGCAUAUCAGUAGAUUCACGUGAUCUUAACGAAAUACUUGUGACCGUACAGUUCCUUCAGAAAAGCCUAAAAACAUGGCUUUAAAGAAUCAAAGUUUGCUUGUAACAUUACUUGGCCUCCUUUUCACGUUUAGUUUAGCUGUAUCCAGUGAGUUUGUUCCCGUUUAUUUGUGGCAAACAGGAAAAUCAGGUGAAAGUGUGCCAGCUUUGCCAAAACUUACAAGAGACAAUUUCGGGGAAUUAAUACAUAAUCGUUUAGACGAAAAUACUAUUCUUGUUACGUUUGCAGAACCCAAUCUAAGUCCAGAAGAUUUUAAUGCUGUUACACAAUCAGGUGAACGCGUUUUUAACAGCUUAUCGAAUAUCAAAGAAGAUGUCAGUACAAUUUACCUCCCACAAGUCCAAACACCUGUAAAAGCAGUUUUUAAGUUCUUCGGCGAGAACAUCACCACCAUUGCAGCUGAAGAUUUUAAAAGUGAAGAUAUUGAAUCUUCCGCGAUUAUCAUUGAUUUAAAUGAUGUUCAAGAUGAUGAAGAUAGAAAUCAUAUGCUUGCAAGACAUGAUAAAAUUAUUGUCGAUAUUUAUGAUCAAUUAUUAAAGAAGUACAAAAAUGUUGUUGCUUUAUUCACUGGAAAACAAGCUUCUUGGGUUGCACCUCAAGAAGUAUUAAGUCGAAAAGUAAGAGAAAUCCCAGCCAAUGCUUGGAUUGUUAAAGAUGCGGAUUUCAAAUUUUUGGCAUACGCAACUGAAGCCCCCACUUUUAAAAGUACCAUAUUAAAUGAACUCACAACAGUUAAAACUGAAGUGCAGGGUACAACAUUAACAGCAACGAUAUCAGGGGGAAAUGCUGUUUUGACAUUUAAAUUCGGUUUUGAUCCAACUUUGGAUGUGGGAACUUAUUGGUAUUUUGAAAAUGUUAAUCUUGUGUUUAAUGGAAUUACCCACAACUUCACGAAAGUCUCCAACAAAGUUUAUCCACCACGUAGAUUUUCGUAUCAAUGUACAUCACAAGUUUUUGAGACGAUGGGUGGGGAUAGAUUGAGCUUUAAGAAUCUUCAGAUUCAACCUUUCCAAGAAGCUCAAGAUGUAAAUAAUUUUAAAUUUGGUGAUGCGUACUUUUGCGUUGGUUUUACAAGUCCUGCAAUUUGGUCUGGGAUUUUCAUAACAUUUUUGUUGGCAACGAUUAUGGCGAUUGGGUUGAUGAUGAUGAUGGAUAUGAAAACAAUGGAUAGGUUUGACGAUCCGAAAGGCAAAACGAUCGUCGUCAAUGUGUCGGAAUAAAAAUUUCGAUUUAAUUGUGAAGAAACGAACAUUUUUCAAAAUAGGUGGUGAUGAAAAAUGUCCGCUUCGUUUACUAGUUUAGUAACGCCUUCCGUGUUAGCGCAACAACUCAUAUUAGUCAAAAAAACGCACUAAAACAGGGUGCAGGUUCGGGUACGAUUGCAGGCACAAAUUGUGAUAUUUAGAGCUCAUUUCGUCGCUUUCAAAACCCGACCGAAUCCAAUCUUCGUCUACUAUUACUAGGAAUCUGUGACAAUAGUGUUUUUUAAAACUGGGACAAUGAUUAAAAAAAUAUUAAUAAGAAAAAUGAGAAAUGUUAGAUUAUUAUCGUUAUAAAUUUGGAGAUUUUUCAAGAAUCGUUAAGGAUUGCGCUGAAUGUAAGGGGUCGUUUUUAGAAUUGUUAUAAACGUAUUUGUUACACUUUAUGUUAUUCCUUUUAAUUUAAAACAAAAAUUAGUUACAUUGUUGGAUGUCAUUAAAAAAUAAAAACAUUUAAGUAUCAUCGAAA